GCCGACUUACGAUUCACUAGUUCGGGCUAGGAGGUGAUAUAAAGGCGUACAGGAGUCCGAUUCAAUCUGAUUUGCCUGUAACAUCAACUGAGGGGGCCAGGCUGGUAGCAGGAAAUCCGUUGCUGCCGCACCACUUUUUACCAUCAUGGUGGUGUGGGUGGUGCUGAUAUUGGCAGUGGCCGCGUUGACCGAUGCAGCGGUACCAGAUCCACCGGAAAGAUCUGGCAUCACCACGAUCGGCUCCAAAAAAUUGGCAACUGCCGCCGAUUGCGCCGGCCUUGUCGCUUUCUCUGCUAUCCAAGGAUCGGUGAAUGAAGCUAAGCUUGUUCUCGCUGAAACACUAGUGGAUAAAGGAGUUGGUUACGCGGCAGAAACAGGGAUCUUUACCACGCAUUGUCCAGGCCUCUAUCAAUUCAGCUUCGCCGGAUACGGUAGCACGGAUCUGCGGCUGACACUGAAACGCAAACUAAAUAAGUCCGACAGUUGGAGAACAAUCAUCAGUGCUGGCCCAGGCGGAGGGAGUAAUCUCAUCUUAUUGGAUGUCGAAGCCGGUGAUCAACUUGCCGUCUUCGUUGAAUCGGGAAAAAUCACCGAUGGAGCCAGCUUCACGGGCCACCGUGUUUAUAAAAGAUAAGCUAGAUCAUUAAACAAGAAUCUUGAACAAGUUUAAAAUAUCUAUCAUUAGGAAACAAUAGACACAAAAUCAAAACUAAAUUUAUAAAUUAAAACUAAACCUAAAAAAA